GCACCGGUCUCUCUCAGUCUUUGCUGUUGUUACUCGACGCCCCUCUGUUAUUGAAACGAGGGGGCUCUUUUUCCACUUCCGGUUUAUUGGCUAGCACUUCCGGGGCAAGGGUGGGAACCCUCAGAAAAGGCUGUUGAGGGGGUUUGGAAGUGACGCCUUUUCGUCACAAUUAAGAUUAGGAAGGCAGUUCAGUUCAUGAGCGGUGCUGAGGAAAACAUAUACUUUACAGCUCUCAACAUCUAACACAAAAAGGAGGAAUUCUGGAUCAAGCAGAAGCUGCCUCGACCAUUGAGGCGACGCUGAGGAUGGAAGGAGUUGAGCUGAAGGAGGAGUGGCAAGAUGAAGAUUUUCCAAGACCUCUACCAGAAGAUGAUCAUAUUGAAGAUUUGCCAGAUCCCUCUGGAACAGGGGACCAACCUGAAGUGAAUGGCAACAAAGUUAAGAAGAAACUUAUGGCUCCAAAUAUAAAUUUAACUCUGGAUCACAGUGAGGGAUCGAUUUUGUCUGACUUAGAUGACAGCAAAGAUAUCGAUCUGGAUGAUAUAGACACACCAUCUGAAAACAGUAAUGAAUUUGAAUGGGAAGAUGAUCUUCCAAAGCCCAAAACUACUGAUGUAAUUAGAAAAGGAUCGUUUUCAGAAUAUGCGGCAUCUGAUGAAAAAGAGGAGGAAAGGCGGUGGCGAAUGUUCCGGAUUGGAGAUCAAGAUCAUAGAGUAGACAUGAAGGCUAUUGAGCCCUAUAAGAAGGUUAUCAGUCAUGGAGGUUAUUAUGGUGAUGGAUUAAAUGCAAUUGUUGUGUUUGCAGUUUGCUUCAUGCCAGAAGGUGGUCAGCCAAACUACAGAUACUUAAUGGAUAAUUUGUUUAAAUAUGUUAUUGGCACGCUAGAACUGUUAGUUGCUGAAAACUAUAUGAUUGUUUAUCUAAAUGGUGCAACAACACGGCGGAAGAUGCCUAGUCUAGGAUGGCUCAGGAAGUGUUACCAGCAGAUUGAUAGGAGGUUAAGGAAAAACCUGAAAUCAUUAAUUAUAGUUCAUCCUUCCUGGUUCAUUAGGACGCUUCUGGCGAUCACAAAACCUUUUAUUAGCUCAAAAUUCAGCCAAAAAAUCAAGUAUGUCUUCACUUUGGCAGAGCUGGCUGAAAUCAUCCCCAUGGAAUACGUUGGCAUCCCUGAAUGCAUAAAACAGUAUGAAGAAGAAAAAUUUAAAAAGAAAGCCAAAAGAAUUGACCAGGAACUUAAUGGAAAACAGGAGCAGAAGACAGAACAGUAGAAUAUUUUUGUGUCUUUUUGAUUCGAGCCAAGACUGAAGAAUGUGCAGAAGGAAAUGACGUCUUGCUUAUCGAAAUCUAAUCCGAGCAGGAGAUCGGCUUCCGGACUUUUUGCCCAAUGGACUGUCUGCUGCUGAAUGGGUUUGCUAGCCCAGGCUAAAUGUUGACACUUAACUAGCUGCCUUUAUUAUAACUGUUUUAUAUUUCAAUGUUGCAAAGCGUCGUUAAGAGGCACUCAUUUUUUUUUAUCCUAAAUGAUGCUUAUUCAGUAAAUAUUUAUAUGCUUAAAUGUUAAGGAAAGAGAUAAUAUAUAUAUAUUUUUAUGACGUCUCAGAACAAUAUUUUAUAAGGUUUAUCUGCACCAAUCCUUGCAGGUAGACUAGGCCAUAAAUGACUGCUGUCAUUUAUUUGGUAAUAAAAAGUGCAUGACAAUUUCUUAUAAAUGGUCAGAUGCUUCUUGGCAAAUCGUAGAGACACCAUCUCAGUGAUUUGCUUUGCUAGUGAGAUAUUAUCAGCUAUGUUAUUGAAAUGUGAAGAUUUUUUGUUUUGCCAUUUCUUUGCCAUUUCCCAUAUUGGAUGUAUCUAACUCUUGGAUAUCCUGAUUUGGAGGCUGGGGGCAUGAGGAAUUUGGGGCACAAAAUAGACAGUUUGACCAGAGGGCUUUCAAUCUCUGAACAUUAAAGAAACAUAACCGUGCCAGCUCAGCUUUAAUAUUUGGCCAGCAGAAACCAUAAACAUGCCAAACAGCUAAUCUUUCAAUAGAGUGCUAAGAACGGUACAGCCAGAUAACCGCUGAAGAGUAGAUGCCAACCUUCCAGGCUGAAGGGCAGAAUCAUAUUUUGUAAGGCAUGCAGGCCUUUGGCUUGAAGUGACACCACCCUGUAUUUCCUCUCUUGAUAUUUCUUUUUAGGUUUGCAUGUCUGUUGGUUAAGGAAGGUUACGACACCAGAAUGUUGUUUGCAAUGUGUACUACAGGUUACAGAGGGGGAGCCUGUUCUCAAUGGCUCCCCUGUUUCUCCUGUAAAACCAAAGCAAUGCAAUAUGUGAUACUCCAGGCAUUGCUGGCCUUCAUUGCCCUAAGCAGCAUAGCUAAUGGAGAGGGAUUAUGGGAGCUGUAGUCCAAAAAAAGCUGAAGGGCCACAGUUGCCCUCCCCAGCUGUCAACUUUAGUUGUACCUGUAUACAUGGAGGAAAAAUAUAGCAGCACUGUUUUGUAGCCAGAAAGACUCAUUCGCCCUGCAGCGUUGAUCCAGCACCUUUCACAAGCACUAAAUUCACUUUAUAUGGUCUUUUUCCUUAGAGGAAUCUCGUUUUCAAAACUGCACGUCCACAAAGCGCUUUCACCCAUAUGUAAAAAUGGACUGCACAGGGUGGCCUGGCUCAUGGUUUGUCCAAGGUGGACAUGUAAACUCUGGAUUUGCCAUGUGCACUAAUUCCUAGGAAGACACUCAUCAAAGCAAUUGUCUGCAGCAGAGAUGUUAAAACAUUUUGCUGACCUGGGAAGAAACACCAUAUAUAUAUUCCCCCCCACUUGUUUUUAAUGUUUGUCUCACAUGUUGGUGGCACCAUCAAAUAUGCCUUCUCUAUCUCCAAUGUUUACUUUGAGAGGGAUGAAGAAUGAUGCCCAUAUGUUGGUUUAUAACCUAGUCAAUAAAUAGUGUUUUACA